AGCUUGCAGCAGCAUCGCGCGCAACCGCCUCGGGGGCUCGGGGCCAAGCCAAAGCCAUCCCCCCACUACUCGCGUUGUUACGUGGCGCCUGUCCCCAUCGUCCCGCCGGACCGGAGGGGCCACGACCGUGUCCGCCGACCCCUUGGCGGUUUUGCUUCGAGAUCGCACCGGUUAAAAGGCCAGGCCGCAUUAGCCCUGCACGAAUGCGAUAGUGGACCGAACCAACCCCAGCCGAUCCUCUCCCUCCAUCUCCCGCCCUCCUCCCCGCAGCUCGCGCGCGCUCUGUCUAGUGUCCACGCGCGCACGCAAAGGUCGCCGGCACGAUGGACGGCUCCGGCUCCGGCGUCGGCCGCAAGAAGCUCAAGCACCGGCUGGCGGCCAUCCUGUCGGUCUUCUCCAGGCGAUCGGGCGGCAGGAAGCGCCGCGACGACGAGGCCACGCCGCCGGCCCUCGCAUUGCCCUCCUACGGCCGCCUCGGGGCGGCGGGGGGCAAGAAGGCCGCGACAGGCGAGCACCACGACCGCCGCCUCUCCGUCUCCGCGCGCCGCACCGUCCCGAUGAUCCGCAUCACCAUCGACUGCGCCGGCCGCCGCUCCGUCGACGCGGCCGACCCGUCCCUCCUCGCGCCGCUCGACGCCGACGACAUCAAGGCGGAGAGGGCGGCGCUCAAGGGGACGAGCGAGUGGGAGGGCCGCAAGUGCCCGCCCUCCUCGCCGUUCCGGGCGGCGGCGCCUCUGCCGCCGCUGCCGAGGUGGAAGGAGCGGCCCGGCAACGGCGGGCGCAGGCUGUCGACGCACUCCUCGCGCAGGCUGCUGAGCAGCUCCUCCUCCGACGACGAGUACGACGAGGACUCGCGGAACCUCUUCUCGUCCAGGAGCUUCUCCUCCGACUCGUCCGACUUCUACAACUGCCCGCGCAAGAACGCCGCCAAGGCGCGCGCGUCCGUGUCCGGGCCCUGCCGCGCGCCGCCGGCCGCCCCGCGCCGCGGCGCGUCGCAGAGCUGCCGCUACAGCUUCGAGAUGCCGCGGGGCUCCAAGGCGUCCGCCGCCACGGACGGGGGCUUCGCCGUGGUGAAGCGCUCCGCCGACCCGUACGAGGACUUCCGCAGGUCCAUGGAGGAGAUGAUCGCCGAGUGGCCGGAGGGCGACGGCGACGGGGAGCACAGCGCGGAGAGCCUGCUGGAGACGUACCUGGUGCUCAACUCGCCGCGGCAUUACCCGGUGAUCCUCGCGGCCUUCGCCGACGUGCGGGAGACGCUCUGCCCCUGAACCCGAUCGGUGUUGAUAGGAUUAUUAACCUUUGCGAGAGUGAGAGCGAGAUGAAUGGCAUGGCAGACGAUCGGGUUGGACAUGUGCGAUGUUGCGCGCUUACGUGCGUUGUCUCCUUCGUUCAUUCAUGGCUGGAUCUUGACCAGCUAACUCGUGCUUAGUUGGGAGUUCCGGACGCCCCCUGUAGUUCCGUCAGCGAUGGUACUGUACCUUAGUUUCUUGAUGUUAACUUGUAGUGGUAGUCCAGCCUUCCGCUGUGAAUGUUCUCGUCAGUUUGUGCGUCCUGUAAAUACGCGAUAUAUUUUGAUUGAUUGAUUGAAGGUAUUUUCGAAUUA